UGUGUCACAGAGAGCAACUUAGAACAUGGAAAACAUUAAUCUCACAAACGUCAGUCAACAAUUCUUAGACUACCAACAAAUGAACCAUUUCAAUAUUCAGAAUGGUUACUCCAGUAAUAACGUAUCCAUGGAGUCCAUGACUCUCCAUGCUCAACAUUCCGAUCAGGAAAAUUUCCACGAACACAGGAAACGUCGGAAAAAGAGUCACCAACAGAAACAUCAACAACGACAAACAGCGAAUCAGCGAGAACGGAGAAGGAUGCAGAGCAUCAAUGACGCUUUUGAAGGUCUUCGAGCCCACAUCCCUACAUUACCUUAUGAAAAACGUCUGUCCAAAGUGGAUACUCUGAGGCUAGCUAUCGGGUACAUAGAAUUUUUAAGAGAAAUUGUUCACACCGAUUCCCGUUCUAAUACGUUGAAGAAUCAGGGAAAUGAACAGCCGAAAAAAGUGAUUAUUCAUUAUCAUAAAG